CUACUUUUCAUUAAAGGUGUUUAUCUUAAAUAUUAAGUUAUUAUGUGCUUAAUAUAAAUUAAAAAUAUUUAUAAAAUUAUAUUUUAAAUUUAACAUUAAAUUGAGUUAAUUUUAGCACUUUUGUGUUAAACUCCACUGUACAGUAUUCUUGUGAUACAACUUAACUGAAAUUCUAUUUUUAACUAAAUUUUUAAUGGAAUCCGUAACCGAUCGCAUAGAAAAAUUAAAUGUCACUCAAAAUAACUUGGAAUCCAAUGAAAAUUCAAAUUCGUCAGACAACUCUUUACCUCUGGUUCACACUGAAAAAUUCACUGUUACAGACUUAAACAAUGAGGACACAGAAUACACGUUAACAGCGCUUAAGUUUUCUAAUUCAUGGCAACUGUUUUUAACAUACUCUGGAAACGUUGGAACCUGGUUAUGCUCGUCUGCAGAUUUGUCACAUUUGGACAUUUAUUCAACAAGAGUCUUGCUAGGAGACAGGACCAAGGAAUAUUACCAGGUUUACUCCAGAAAUGGCAUCAAGGUCCUUUGUGACUGUUUGAGAGAGAAGGACAGAAUCGACAAAUACUCUCCCACAGAUGAUCUUAUUCUUCUGAUGGCUCUCGAUAUCAAGGUACAUGACAAUAAAGUUUUCGCUCAAAUACUUGAACGAUUUAAAAACGUUUUUAAUUUACUAACAUAAAUAUGAGUUUUAAUUUA